UUCCGUAUACAACAAAGGCUUUGGAAAAAAGACGAGCCUAUUCAAAUCAGUUCUCUCCCUUUACUGGAAAAGAAACGAUCAAACAAGUCUCCUUCUCCAACUUUCAACAGGAGGAACUAACGCAGGAAGUGAUCAGUUGCUCGUCAGGAAAGCCUGAAGGGUGAGUAGACAUGGGAAGAGCACCAUGCUGUGAGAAAGUAGGGCUAAAGAAAGGGAGAUGGACAGCUGAAGAGGAUGAAGCCUUAACCAAAUACAUUCUAGCCAACGGUGAAGGCUCGUGGAAAUCACUACCUAAAAAUGCAGGGUUAUUAAGGUGUGGUAAGAGUUGUAGACUAAGAUGGAUUAACUACUUAAGAGCUGACUUGAAGAGAGGGAACAUAACCAAAGAAGAGGAAGAUACCAUUGUUAAGUUGCAUACUGCUUUGGGUAACAGAUGGUCUUUGAUUGCUGCUCAAUUACCAGGACGAACAGACAAUGAGAUAAAGAACUACUGGAAUUCUCAUUUAAGCAGAAAAAUUUACAGCUUCAAUCGGUAUAAAAAUGAUGAUUCUUUACCAAGCAUCAUGGAUAUCACAGAUGUAGCAGCUGGGCCAUACAAGGGUAGACGUGGUAGAACAAGCCGGUCAUCCAUGAAAAAGCACAACGCCACAUUAAUGACAUUAGGUAAGCCUAAGAGUCCUAAAGCCAUAGCUCAUGAGGUAACUGAACCAGCGAGCAAAGAAACAGCAGCGAUCUCACCCAAAGGUACAAACAGCCCAAUAAAGAGUUCGGCCGCUGAAGGUCCACAGAAGGAACCAGAAAAUAGAAGGAAUCAUGGUGUGCAAGUCCAAGAAUCUUGCAUAGACAUUGCUAAAAGAAUUGAUGCAGCUGGAAUAUCUCAUUGCCCUAUUAAUGACGAGAAAGAGACUGAAACUUUAGGACCAUAUGAAUGGCUAGACAGUGAAAUACAGCGCCUUGAAUAUGCACUGCAAGGUCAAGUUGCAGAUCCUUAUGGAAAUAAUACAGUUGUGACAUUAGAGACAGACAAUGAGGCACCGUGUAUGAGCAAGGAGAGAGAAAAUCGUAGUGGGGUAAUGGGACCAAAAAGGGUGGCCGUCCAUUACCUGAAAAAACAAAGCAACAGCAGCAAUGGUUGUAGCUCAAAUGAAGAGAGUAACGGGGAAUGGUACAAUAGCUUUUCACCUAUGAAUUCUAGGUUUGAUGAGGAAUGGCUUGAUUGGGACUGGACAGCAGUUGGGGAUCUUGGUGGGUGGGGAUUGUUACAAUAUGAAGAGGACAACUUGUUGACUAACGUUUCUGGAAAUGACAAUCGAGAAGGAGUAGAUUUAAGAUCGAUUUUAUGGCCAGCUAAUUAUGUUUCAAUGUUUUGCAAGUUUUCGUGAAGGUUUCCACCAUAAUGUUCCUAUAUA